UACGCCGUAGGAAUGAGAUCGGAAUGAGAAACAACGUCGCACGAUCCGACAUUCGCGCGACCACGGUGACACGAUUUAAAGACUGCACGCGGCUCGCACCGUACACAUUAACGUGUCGCGAUUCCAUAUUCACUUGCGCGGGUGGGUAACCGUGACGUUGAAGUUUGGCGGCACGCGAGAGGCGUGUUUCCCAGGCUGUGCAACUGUGCGGUGCUAUUCCCGUUUCUCCAUCUUCCGCAUUCCUCGCACCGAUUGGAGUAUCUUUCUCCGUGCACGAGGCGUCGUAUCGACGGCGCUACGAAAUUAUCGCGCCCAGACGGAUCUCUUCGCCCUGAAGGAAAAGGCCGACGUAACGGAGCAGAAAACAACCAAGAUUGUCUACGGCUGAUCAAAGGAUGAACUAACUGUUAAAUUUCCAAGAGGGACCGAGGAGGGCAGACGCGCGUCAUCGCCAAAUUUUCCUAGGCGUCCGGGUUCGGGAGGAUGCAGCGGUCGAUGACGUGAAUCGACCGACUAUCGGUCGACGAGUACGUGCCUCGUCGUCGGUUGAAUGGCUGGCCAAGCACUCGGUUCUCGUUGUCCGAGGACUGUCUUCUCACGGUGCCGGACGAACCACGAAUAGGCGUGUUUCCUGUACACCGAUCCAUACACUCGUCAGCUCGUAGACUGGCCGAUUCGUUUUAGCCAUCAAAUACUGACCCCGUAGUCAUUUCGUCGUCUCCGCGGAAUUCCCUCCACUAUCAUCGACUCCGAUCCGUCCACGUCUUCCCUGGAAUCCCACGAGAUAAGAGGAACGACGGGCAUCAGAAUCGUGGGGACAGGGGAAGCAGAAUCCGUGGAAUAGCUCGCCGAAGCGUCGUUCUUAAGAAGCUUCCACCGAGGAACGAGUGGAAGGCCAGUCAUAGCGAGACCAAACGCUCGGGGAUAGGUCGGGAGCCGACUAGUGGCCAGUUUCCACUGGAGGUCGUACUCGCGACGGAUGAAGGCAACGCUCCAGGUGAACCGUCGGUUCCGCGAACGUCGCCCUUGAUCCAAAGGUCAGGUCGGCCACGUGCACAGCCGCGUACACGUUCACGAUUAUCGGUAUCACGAGGAUCGCGUCGAAUUCCCCACCAACUACGGCCACAUGACUUGACGAUCGCCCCACCUACCGCUGUUCGUCGUUGAGUGAAGGCGGCGGCAGUGGCAGCUACGUCAUAUAGGGAACGACGAGCACGACGACGACGACGACGGCGGCGACGACGACAACCGACGACGACGACGACGAGGAGGACGUGGACGAGGAAAGAGGAACAGAUAGCAGUAACAACGAGCACUGUGGAGGGCACUUAAACAGUGACACACGCCGCUGGUGAUUCAGUUGGCGGCAGUCGGUCAGCAGGUGCGAAACGCGCUGCUGGAUUUUGCCUUUUCUCAUCCGGUUUCGAGCGUUUCGAUAAGCUGGGUUUCGUUUCUUCUUUUUUUUUUGUUUUCGCGGGAAUAUCGUGGGUGGACGUGACGGUGCCGUUGUUUGUUGUCGUUGUUCUUGUUACCUUCGUCGCCUUCUCCGCCGGUCGCAGUGGUGGUUUUUGGUGGAUAGUGGUGGAUCACAGUGUCGAGUGUGAAACUGGAGCCGUUAGUGGUAGCUGCCGAGGGGAAGAGCUAUCAUGUGCCCGCAGAGGAUUUUCGGACUGGCGAUCGUCGCGCUGGUGACUUUAGGUGGACGAGUGACGGGGUACACGAAUCAGUGGGCAGUGCAUGUCGACGGGGGACCGGGGGUGGCCCAGCAGGUCGCACAGGAGCAUGGGUUUCAAUAUCUUGAUAAGAUAGUCGACAACUGGUACCACAUGGUGCACACAUCUGUGGUGAAGAGGUCCACGGAACCGCAUCUUGGGACACACGAGAGGCUAAUACGAGACCGCAGGGUGCGUCGAGCGGAGCAACAACGAGUCAAGUCACGAACGAAACGGGACCUGAUAAUCAAACGCGGUCCAUCCAGUCUACAGACUAUCUUGGACGACGAGAGGUGGCCUCAAAUGUGGUACUUGAAUAGGGGGAACGGAUUGGACAUGAACGUGCAAGACGCUUGGGCUGAUGGAAUUACUGGACGUGGUGUGGUGGUCACGAUACUUGAUGACGGAUUGGAAAAGGAUCACCCCGAUCUCUGUAAAAAUUACGAUCCACAGGCUAGCUAUGACGUUAACAAUCACGACGAAGAUCCCAUGCCGAGGUACGAUCUCUUGGACAGUAAUCGACAUGGCACCAGAUGCGCUGGUGAAGUUGCUGCAACUGCUAACAAUUCCAUCUGCGCUGUCGGCGUCGCCUUUGGUGCUGGUGUCGGUGGGGUGAGAAUGUUGGACGGAGACGUAACCGACGCCGUCGAGGCCAGGUCUCUCAGUCUGAAUCCUCAGCACAUCGACAUCUACAGUGCCUCCUGGGGACCGGAUGAUGAUGGGAAAACCGUCGAUGGCCCCGGUGAACUUGCCACCAGAGCUUUCAUCGAAGGAAUCACGAAGGGUCGGAAUGGUAAAGGGUCGAUCUUCGUCUGGGCGUCAGGAAACGGUGGCAGGGACCACGACAACUGCAACUGCGACGGCUACACGAACAGCAUCUGGACGUUGUCCAUCAGCAGCGCGACGGAGAACGGUCAGGUGCCCUGGUACAGCGAAGCUUGCUCCUCCACCCUGGCCACCACCUACAGUUCAGGUUCGACAGGGGAAAAACAAGUGGUGACCACCGAUUUACAUCACUACUGCACGAGCAGUCACACAGGGACGUCUGCUUCGGCACCAUUGGCUGCUGGUAUCUGCGCCCUCGCCCUCGAGGCGAACAAAGAGUUGACUUGGAGGGACAUGCAACAUAUCGUCGUGAGGACAGCGAAACCUGCGAACUUGAAGGCCCCUGAUUGGGUGACCAACGGCGUGGGAAGGAAUGUAAGUCAUAGCUUCGGCUAUGGGCUGAUGGACGCUGCCGCCAUGGUGCGAUUAGCCAGAAGAUGGCGAACAGUGCCAGAGCAACACAAAUGUGAAGUUUCCGCACCACACAUGGGCAGGCCAAUACCACCAAAGAGCCAGUUAACUCUGGAAUUGCACGUCAAGGAGUGUAGCGGUGUUAAUUUUCUCGAGCACGUGCAGGCGAAGGUAUCUCUGAUGGCCACCAGAAGAGGAGAUCUUCAGAUACAACUAACAUCUCCACAGGGUACGAAGAGUACUUUGCUUGCAAAAAGGCAGCACGACGUCUCGAAGGCCGGUUUCGAUCAAUGGCCAUUUAUGUCGGUUCACACUUGGGGCGAAAGGCCACACGGCACGUGGAAACUUGAAAUCCACAAUGAGGGUCGAUAUCAAGGCCGCGCUACUCUCCACGAGUGGGCGUUGAUUUUCUACGGGACAGCAACGCUGCCCGAUCGCACAGAGUACGCUCUGUACAACCCCGCUGGCAUCAGCAUCCCCAGGAGACCAUUCGUGAAGCCGCGCGAAACCGCGUUCUCGAAGGCGCAGAAUUCUCUGACAGGCGCCAAGAGCAAGCAGACUCAACACAAAUCCGAAAAAUCGGGAAAUCUCAGCCCACCGUACGUGGUGAACGCUCAGACUCAGUCUCAGAGGAAAGGAAAGGCGCGUGGUCAGCACAAGAAUGGGAAAUCUGCGAACAAACCAACAACGAAGCCGACGGUGCAGACAUUGAGAGGGUUGACAGCAGUCAGAGGACCCAACGCCGCUGGAGAAGUUCGCCUAAUCACGUCCAGGCCACGUGGAAGAAGCACACCGAGUCCAAUCACCACUACGAUCGCUCAGACCAAACCUCCCACGACGAUUCCAACCACCAGAGCGACCAGCAGACAAAGAAUCGUCGAGAUAGUGACCACGUCGUCCCUCCAGACGGGUCUCAUCCUCCUCGAGCCACCAGCGAAGCCUGUCAUCGAAAAUGUGCCGGAGUUUUUCCAACAGUACCACAAGAUCCAACAACUCUACCCUCUCUAUCCUAUUUUCGCUGGAGUGCGCGGCACAGGUCAGCACGCCACCAGGGCGAAGGGUCUGGACUUGCUGCAAGACGAGCAGAUGUUGGACUCGAAGAACAUGGACAAGGACACGCUAGAGCAAUUCAAGUUAGUGUUCUACGGCACGGACACAUCCCUGGACUUCGACGACGACCUGGACAGGGACAAGCCAGGGCCACCUGUGAACCAUCAGGAGGCGAUCCAGGACAAUACGGCGAUCGGUGCGAGGCACAACAUCGUGGACACCGAAGGCGAUCCGUGGACGGUCAGUCAGCAGGUAGAACGCGUGUCUCAUCCCGAGGUACAGAGACCAACGACCGAAAACCAGACGAGCGGUUGCAGUUCCGUGGACCCUGGGAAUGGCAGGUGCCUAGAGUGUAAGCCGAACUGGUACCGCCACGUCGGGCUCUGCGUGUUCGAGUGUCCAACCACGACUUAUGGCAUUUCUGACGAGACCAAAGCAGUCUGCGCUCCUUGCCACUACUCCUGUCUAACUUGUUCAGGACCUUUGGACACAGAGUGCGUCACUUGCCACGAGGAUGCAGAGCUGUCGAAUUUCAACGACUCCCAGUGUAUCCUCAAGGACCUCACCUGGACGAUGCAGUCGACCAUCUGGUUCUACAGGAUGUCCAUUCUAUUCGCCAUCAACUUGGGCGUGCUCAUGGUCGCGGCUAUUUACAUGGCUGUCAACUGGUACUCGAGGAGCAGGAACUCGCUCAUAUACAGUUACAGUAAAGUAGCCUAUUCGAGCAACGGUGACGCCCAGAAGGACGUCAACAGGUUGCAGGGGAACGGCUAUAUUUCCGACAGCGAAUAAUAUUUGAUGGAUUCGAAAGUUGUGUGGUUUCAAACGAGAAGUGAGUUUUUAUUGAGCCAUUGGUACGUUUAAGGACAGAUUUAACGAACUGGAUGUUCCUGAGCAAAGUUGGAGUUUCAAGUUUCACUGAGCUACUUGGACGGAGACUUAUGUCAGAAAAUUGGUGAACUCACUGAACUUCGAUCAAAGAGUUCAAUUCGAGACACCCUGAAGUCCAGAUUUAUGUCCAUAAUUUAAUGAAUGAUCGUGUUCAAAGAAUCAAGAAAUUGGAGAAUCCCAAAUAACUGAAUAUUUUAAUCAUCAAAAUAUACCAAUGAAUCCAAAUCAUACAGUUUCAUUUAAUACAACGUGAAGUUAUGGCCUCUAUGUCUAGAAUUAAAUGAGUGAUCGAGUUCUCACAGGAAAAAAUUAGAGAAUGCCAAGUAACUGGAUAUUGACACAACUGACCCUGAAUCACGUAGUUUCAACUGAGGACACUCUGAAUUCGUGACGAUGAUGCUCAAGAAGAUGCCGCCCUUUAGUUUAAUACAUUCCAACUUGCGAUAGAAAGUGAUUAAUCGUCUCCCAGUGAAGACAAGUGCACAAAGACCGUGUGAUUCAGUGCGAGCAAACGUGAAUAAGAAUUGUGGGUGUUGCUGACCGAGAUAAUGAAUGUUAGUGAUGUAGUGAUACAAAAAUAAACUCCAUGUUCUUUAUCUUAAAGGAAAUCACGUCUUGCCAAAGGUUAUGAUCGAAUAGGUGAGUCAAAAGUGUCCCUACAAUUGGUCGUUUGAAAUUGUAUUUCGUUGACAAUCAAAAACAGAAAAAGAUGGAAAAUUACAGGUUUGUAUUAAAAUUAUUACAGCACUAUGAAUAUAUUUUAAUAGUUAGAAAAGUAAAAAGAUAUUAAAUGGACACUUUUGUCCCCCUAAAAAUGAAUGUACCCUUUGACAUUGUUUUAAAAGCAUUUGUGUGUGAGUACGACUUUAAAAGUUUAGAUUAAAAAUUCUUUGACUUAGAUUUUGACUAAACUCCCUAAUGAUCAAAAUCCUAAUCGAGCUAAGUAUGGCAAGUGUCCUACUUUCGACGUUGGCCCAGUCAUCGACAUGUGCGAUUUUUAACAGUUUAAAAUAAAAGCAUUGUUCUAGUUUUAUGAAUAAAUCUCAAAAUUUUCUAAGUAUAUUCUAAGUAAUUUUCUGCAUGUCAGAAUAUUCUGUCAUCAUAUGAAUUGACGAUUGCCGAUAAUUGGGACAUUUACCUUAAUUGUGGUACAAGUUAUUGUAUCGCGAUGCAAAUACGCUUACUAUGUUUCCAUUCUUCACUAACAAAUAAUAAGUCUUGAGCUUCUCGAUGAUCAAAACUAGAAUAAUUUCAUCGCCUCAAUUAAUUGUAACGAUUUGCAUUGCAUCCGAGUUCCUAUCUAUACCAAGCACGUUGUUAUUGGUACCCAAGUGAAAUUACUGUGUGAUACUACCUAGGUAAAUUACGUUAAUAUGUGAAAUGUAAUCAAGUAUAACAGCAUUUUCUAGCAGCCAAAGACUUUUAAAAUAGUAAGGUCCACAUCAAAUUUUCUGAACGAAAACUUUUAUCUCUAACAGAUGUUGAUAACAGGAAUCAAAAUUUUACUACCUCUUUAAAAAGAAAACAAACAUUUUAACAUCGUACAGUUUUCGAAUAUUUCAAUAUUCAACAUGCAUUCUUUAUCAACUAAAUGCUGUAGAUACGUAAGAAUAUGUGUACUACCAUAAAAAUGAUUGAUAUUACUGUAAUAAUGAACGAACAGCGUACAGUAAACAUGAUAUUUUCGUAUGUUAGCACAUGUACACGUGCAAAGUCUGAAACGCAACAAGGAACAGCAAUGUUAAUUAUUUUUGUUAACGUUGUAAAGCGAAUAAAAUAUUAAACAGAAAUUUUUAAUUAUUGAA